UUCCUGAAAUCUGGAAUGACCAGGAAAGAAUAUAGCUGGACUUCGAAUCUCAUUCUCGACUCCAGUCUCGACAAUUUAGGUCGGAGAAAGCGGGGUAGUGAGUUGAAUCGUGACAUGAUAUUAUGGCUGAUGUGGUAUUCUCUAGUGCAAUUUAUGUAUUAUGCCGUGGCAAGGUCAUCAGCAUUUUUCAAGUAGAAGGAAAGAAGGUAAGAUCAUUCCCUAGCAAUCCUGCACUUGAUUCCCACACAAGGAAGGAAUCAUCUUUUAGAGUUUUGUCGAAGUGAAUUGAAAAGGAAGAAGGAGCAUCUUCAGCUUUUCUGCACUCUUCUCGCUACUUCACUUUAAAGCGCGCGAAUCAGGAAUGAGUUCUUUUCUGUCCCUUGUCACUGUCUACAUUCAUCUCCUCCGUUCAAAAGCUUCCCUGAGAGUUGAACUUGUUACUAAGAUCUCUGGACCAAUACCAUCGGAUUACACUUCCACCCCGAGAUCUACUUUCCGACACCGUGCGAUCAUUUAAGAAUUAUGUCGUCUUCGGUGAGGGAGAGUGCAAGAGGAACAGGAGAGGGGACUUGCAGGGGAAUAGUCCGCCGGAUGGUCAGUCUACCUCGGGCCAUCGUCGGCGAGUUCUCGAGAGCAAUGAAUCACAGCAUGGAUUUAAUGCGAAUCGGCAACAGAAGACACCAACAUAUCCCCAUUAACUACCCACCUCAAUAUCCACAAGAACCCACAAUUCCCCAAGAUGAGUGGGCAUUCUUGACAGUCUUCGAACAGCAAUACGGCUCCAUGCAUCCCUUCUUCUACGCGUGUCGGCUCACGGAAGCGCUCAAAAUUGCAGAAGCCGAUCGGAAAUUCUUGUUCCUGUACUUGCACGCACCGGAUCACCCCUUCACCCCUUCCUUCUGUAGGGAGACCCUGUGCUCGGAGAUGGUCGUGCAGUUCCUUGACGAGAAUUUCGUUAGCUGGGGAGGACUCACUGACAGUGGAGAGGGCUUGCAAAUGGCCAUGGCGUUGCGUCCCCAGAGCUUCCCAUUCUGCACAGUUAUCGCUCCACCUCCCGGCGAUAGCAUUGCAGUACUACAACAGAUAGAAGGUCCGAUUUCCCCAUCGGAGCUGGUUGACAUUCUCCAGAGGACAGUGGAAGAGCAAGGGUCGGCCUUUGGUGGUGCGAGGUUGAAGCAAGAAGAAAAGAUAAAAGCUGAUCGGCAUCUAAGAAAAGAACAAGAUGCUGCAUAUUUUGCUGCUCUAGAGAUAGACAAGGAGAAGGAAAGAAGGAAGUCUUCAGGAGGAGCAGGACCCAAGUUUCAUAAUCUGAAGGAAGUUCCGCGUAAAGAAGAUUAUGAGAAAUUACAGAAUUCCAAUAAGCAGUACGAUAAACCGAAAGAGGCUACGGCCGCGAGCAGACGACUGCAAAACAAGGGAAAAGCUAGUCAAGGAAUAGAUCAACAGGUGACACAGAUAUUGAUUCGCUUCCCCAAUGGCGAUAGAAGAGAACACAGCUUCUUGUGCACAGACAAGAUCCAAUCAAUCUACACAUACAUCGACUCAUUAGGCCUCCCGGGCAUUGCGAAUUACAGACUGGUGUCGAGCUUUCCGAGAAAGACGUACGGUGUCGAUCAGAUGGGAAUGACCCUGAAAGAUGCUGGUCUCUAUCCUAGAGCAAGCCUCUUCCUUGAGCCCCUUUAAAAUUCAGUAUCAGUAACAUAGUCCGGGUUAUUUUACUGACUUAUGCGGUGUACCAACACUAGGCUUAUUAUUCACAGAAACUGUCGUUGAAUGAUUUCAACUGUUUCACGAUCGAUAUGCAUAACAUACAUUCCUGCA